AUGGCAGAGAAGCCCCAACCCGACCCCGACACCUGUACUUGUUUGUGCACGCAGUUUGGGACGCGGAAAGUGUCCUCUCGGCUCCUGUUCACUCAUAGGACUUCCCUCAUGAUAGUAGCCAUCCGCAUUAUACCUGCUGAUUUUCGAGAGAAAGAGAUAGGCGUCCACGCACCCGUCCAAAAAGCUGGACUACAAGCCGUCGGUGAUAGGCCACUGCCUCUCGGGGAGUUCUCCACCACCAACCUUCCCGACGAAUUCCUGAUAUGGUAUUUCUGGAAUAUGGACCUAUGGACAGGACCUUCGCGGAAUAGAGCAGCAUCUCAGUUCAGUCAUCUAAUGGCCAAGCUCCAACCCUCUGAACUUCCUCCACGGAAGUCAACUUCUACCGCUCAUCUUAUGACCCUCAAUAUCCACAUACCCGUAAUCCCAGGCGAUCGGAUUUCAUCCCCGGGUCAUGAAUAG